AUGGCAGAAACUAUUUUGGGUUCAACUGCUCGCCAACGCUUAGAACCUUUUAUUCUGCUUUCCAAAUCGGCCAAGGGUGGGGCAUGCGUUCAGUUGAUCAAAGAUGCUCUGUCCGCGUCUGGAGUUUAUGUGUUUGCUGAGCUUCUGGCAAUGCCCAAUGUUGCCGAGCUUGAAAAUAAUGAACAAUAUCAACCAUAUCAUAGAUUGCUACGACUAUUUUCUUAUGGAACAUAUAAAGAUUACAAAGAAAAUGCAUCUACAUUGCCUCCGUUAGACCAGAACCAACUCAACAAAUUAAAAUAUUUAUCGAUCGUAUCUUUAUCCGAAGAAUCGAGAACAAUCCCUUAUGAUAUACUUUUGGAAUACCUCGACAUACCCAACGUUCGUGAACUCGAAGAUUUAAUUAUUGAGGCGAUCUACCAGGAUGUCAUCAAAGGUAAAUUGGACCAAAAGAGAAAACAACUUGAAAUCGAGUAUACAAUGGGUAGAGAUUUGCGACCAGGUCAAAUUGAUCAAAUGUUGCAGGUAUUGAGUGACUGGUCUCGAACAUCAGAGGAAAUCUUGGCGGCCAUAGACUCUAAAAUUAUAGAGGUUCGCGACGCUGCCAUUCAGAAUAAAAAGCAGAAAGAAGAAUACGAAAAGGAAGUCGAACUCUUGCGAAAAGAGGUUAAAUCUAAUGCGAAGAAUGCGGACCACAUGGAGAUCAUGAGUGGAAGUACAAUAGACCAAUAUAGUGGUAUGGAUUUUCAUGAUGAGAAUACAAAAGGUGGCGGAAGAACUGGAAAAAG